GCAGAAUUAGAACAGCAGUUCAGAAGCGUUGGGGCAAAGGACGCGUUCAAUCCUGUUCAGUGGCUGACUGACUGAACCGACCGUCCAUCUUUCUAAAGAAGAAGAAGAAGAAGAAGAAGAGGAGGAGAGGAAUCCCUGUUAGACUUGACAAAAUGAACUUGUCCUACUUGGUUGCUUGUGGACUUUUGGUCAGCCUGCUUUCAGAAAAGAUGGGAGCAAAACCUUUAACUCAAGCGCAACAGAAGUCCCUCCGAAGUUUGCUGGGUGAGGAACUAGCGGAGAUCCUGGAGUCAGAUGAGAGGGAGCGGAGGAUAGAUGCAGUGCGCUCUCGGAUGAGGUUACUGCGAGAUUUACGCAUGGACACCCGGGCCAGAGGGAUGUGGGCACGUCUCCUCAACGACCAGCCCGCAGCGAGGAGGCACAAGUCGGGAAACAAGAAGGCGGGCUCCACGUCACGGAGUGGCUGUUUCGGACACAAGAUGGACAGGAUAGGGACCAUCAGCGGGAUGGGCUGCUAGGGUUCGGAGCUGCGAAGAGGCGGUCUUUGGACGAUGGGUUUGGACAACAUAGGCUGACUGUGUUGCCACCUGAGCGAAAAAUGACCAACUGAUACGAUUUUCGGUACGAACGAGCCCACAGCCAGCAUUGGGUAAAGACUGAGAAGACAAUGCUGCAGAAGCCUCAUCACUUUAUAUAAAUAAAUAUGAAUAUAUAAAUAGUAAAUAUGCAGGUAUAUAUUCAUCAAUGUAUGCCAUACAAAAUGGUCUACAAAUACAGAGAUGCAUACUAUGACUUUGUGGACAAUGGUGUAAAAACUAAAAACCGCAAGAGCUGUACAUUGUUGCUGCUGCUGCUGCUGCUGUACAUUCAAGUACUUCAUUCACUCCUGCGUUAAUGUAUUUAUGUUUAAAAUAUUUAUAUGUUUAUAAAAGAGAUAUUUAUAAGUCUGAGUGUUAUUUAUGUAACAUUUUUGAAAAUGGAUGCAAACUGCAGGUCAAUUCUGUUUUGUUUCCUUUUACUUUUGUCUUAUCUAGUUGUGAAUGUUUUAAGAAAAAAAUAUGAUAAAAAUGAACUUCCAUGUGCACAUGCCAUCCUUUCUGGGCGUCUUGUGUCUCACUAAUGUUGUGAAAGAACAAUUAGACAUUUAGUAAAGAACAUCAAUAAGUUGAACAACAAGUAGGAAACAUUUUACAAUUAUUUUUUUUGCUAUCAGUGUUUAACUAAGUAUUAAACAAGACAAUCCUAAAGUUAGUUUCUGUAGUGUAUUUAAGGGCUAUUUUCCUCCUUUUUUGGUACCUAUCUUAACUCAUGUUUUAUAAUAAUUAGACAAGUUAGUUUUUGUCCAUCCACCCAUGCAUUUUCUAUACUUGCGAAAUUCUUUCAGUGUUGAGAGGGUGUUGGUGCCUAGCCGUUAUUGAACAAAAGGCAAGUGUACUAUUGACCAAAGUAUGUUAGCUAAAUAGAUGUAAAACUCACUAACUUUUCACAAAUUCACACUCUUAUGCUUUAUCGUAAUGGAAUAAGUAAUAAAGGCCAAAGGUCGAUUUUAA